GCUAAUGGCUGAAGUAUAUACGUACUGCCAACUCUGGGUCCCUUGGCGGCCCGGAGUGAUAGCCGCUACAAGUCCUGCAGAGGCCGCCGGAAGCGGUCCGUUCCAAUAAAGCGAUCCCCAGCACUACUUCCGGAACAGAGGUAACCAUGGCGGCGGCUUUGGCUCGCCUCGGACUGCGUCCGGUCAAGCUGGUUCGAGUUCAAUUCUGCCCGUUUGAGAAGAACGUGGAGUCGACAAGGACCUUUCUCCAGGCGGUGAGCAGCGAGAAAGUCCGUGCCACAAACCUCAACUGUUCGGUGAUCGCCGACGUGAGGCACGACGGCUCCGAGCCCUGCGUAGACGUGUUAUUCGGAGACGGGUAUCGGCUGAUUAUGCGCGGCGCUAACCUCACCGCUCAGGAAAUGUUCACCGCCUUGGCCUCCCACAUCCAGGCCAGAAAUGCAGCGGCAGCAGCCGCUGCACCCAGCGCAGACAAGCCGGGCGCAGUUACAGGCACUCGGCGCUGACAUCGCAGAAGAUGUAACAACCAAAUGUUAUCUUGGAGCUAAAGACUGCUGUCUAAGAAGAGCUGGGCUUAAUCACUCGAAAGGUUACGUGGAAGUCACGAAACAGACUGAAGUGCAAGGAACCCUGACACUUACAACCGUGCUUUUGGGGCAAGAUAAGUAAGAUUAGGUGAUGGAGGGUCUGGACAAAUUUGAAUUUUUCUUUCUCCUCUCCCCUCACUGCUUAACCAUAUUUGAAUUUGGCUUCAUCUAUCACCCAAGUAUCUUUUAAUUAAAUAUUUAUUGCCAGAUGAA